AUGAUUCCCCGGUCUCGCCUCUGUGGGCGACUCAUUCUCGAGCCGUCCGCCGCGCACGCAUCUCGAACGUCUACUUCGUCAAUAUCGCGAAGAUGGGCCUUGUCACCUGCUUGCCAUAGUCGCCAUAUCUGCCGAUCCACCCUGCCCGGCAUUCGACCCGGCUUGGUUGGAGCCGCCUUUUCUACGACUGCGAGAUUAAGCAAAAAGGACGAUAAGAGCAAGAAGGAUGACUUCUUCGACUCUUCGGCCGAGACCCUUACCGAACCGCUGUCGGAAGAGGAGGUCAAGGCAAACUUGGAGAACAAGAAAAAGGAUGCAGAGAGAGCUGCAGCAGACGCCAAGUUGGACUCUUCGGCAACAAAAGCUGAUGCCGGUAGUAAAUCACAAGAUGGAAAGUCCAGUGGUGCGGCAGGAAGCUCGGCAGCGGGUGGUUCAGGCUCAGGGGGCGAUAGCUCAGGUGGUGAUGGUGGCAAGAAGGGAAGAAAAUCUUCGGAAAAGGCUCUACAGAAACCCGUUGUGCCAGAAGUGUAUCCGCAAGUACUCGCCAUCCCUAUUGCGCGGCGGCCGCUGUUUCCAGGAUUCUACAAGGCCAUUACCAUCAAGGAUCCCAACGUCGCCUCGGCCAUCACGGAGUCUAUCAAGCGCGGGCAGCCAUACGUUGGCGCUUUCUUGUUCAAAAACGAAAACGAGGACGAGGACAUUAUUCGCAACGUUGAAGAUGUACACGACGUUGGCGUUUUCGCCCAGAUCACAAGCGCAUUUCCCAUCCACGGACAAGAGGGCGCUUUGACGGCCAUUCUCUAUCCCCAUCGCCGAAUCAAGCUUUCCAGUCUGGUCCCGCCCAGUGCGGCUGAGAAAAUCGACGGCAAACAAGAGCCCGACACUCCAGAAGUCAUUCCGCAGCAAAAUUCCGGGGAGGAAGAUGCACAGCAGGAGAAAAAGGGCGACGUUGUAGCCAGCUUUGAGGAAGGGGCUGUCGAGAAGAAACCAGACCAGGUUGCCGAAAAAUACGAGCCAACUUCAUGGUUGAAACGCUGGCCCGUGAGUCUUGUUAAUGUCGAUAACCUUGCUGACGAACCUUGCGACCCCAAAAGUCCCGUUAUUCGCGCUGUAACCAACGAAAUUGUCAAUGUUUUCAAGGAGGUUGCUACCAUGAACAACCUCUUCCGUGAUCAAAUUUCGACCUUUUCAAUGAGCCAAUCUACUGGAAAUGUCACCUCGGAGCCUGGGAAACUGGCCGACUUUGCUGCUGCUGUAUCAUCUGGGGAGCAGAAUGAACUGCAAGACGUCCUCUCCUGCAUGAACGUCGAGGAGCGAAUGCAAAAAGCCCUGAUUGUUCUCAAGAAGGAACUCAUGAAUGCCCAACUGCAGUCUAAAAUCACCAAGGAUGUUGAGAGCAAGAUCAGCAAGCGCCAGCGAGAGUAUUGGCUUAUGGAGCAGAUGAAAGGCAUUCGCCGCGAAUUGGGCCUGGAAUCCGACGGCAAAGACAAGCUGGUUGAAAAGUUCAAGGAGAAGGCCGCCAAAUUGGCCAUGCCUGACCCUGUUCGGAAGGUUUUUGACGAGGAGAUAAACAAACUUGCUCACCUGGAGACCGCCGCAUCCGAGUUUAAUGUUACGCGAAACUACCUUGAUUGGCUUACUCAGAUUCCUUGGGGACGCAGAAGUCCUGAGAACUUUGGCAUUCCAAAUGCCAAGAAGGUUUUGGAUGAAGAUCACUAUGGCUUGCAGGAUGUCAAGGAUCGUAUUCUCGAGUUUAUUGCCGUAGGAAAACUGCGUGGUACCGUGGAGGGCAAGAUUCUCUGUUUUGUCGGUCCUCCCGGUGUCGGAAAGACGAGUAUCGGAAAGUCAAUUGCCCGAGCUCUUAACAGGGAAUACUACCGAUUCAGUGUCGGUGGUCUGACGGACGUGGCUGAAAUCAAGGGCCACCGACGUACAUAUGUUGGCGCUCUGCCCGGCCGCAUCAUUCAGGCCUUGAAGAAAUGCCAGACGGAGAACCCGCUCAUUUUGAUCGAUGAAGUCGACAAGAUUGGCCGAGGAUAUCAGGGCGACCCGUCUUCGGCUCUUCUAGAAUUGCUCGACCCUGAACAGAACAGCUCCUUUUUGGAUCACUACAUGGACGUUCCCGUUGAUCUGUCCAAGGUCCUCUUUGUUUGCACUGCCAACAUGACGGACACGAUUCCGCGACCUCUCCUCGACCGCAUGGAGUUGAUCACUCUCUCAGGUUAUGUUGCGGAUGAGAAAAAGGCUAUUGCUAAUACGUACCUGGCACCAGCGGCCAAGGAUGCAGCAGGCCUGAAGGGUGCUAAUGUGAACCUUACCGACGAGGCAGUCGAAGAGCUAAUCAAGUCUUACUGCCGUGAAUCUGGAGUUCGUAACCUCAAGAAGCAGAUCGAGAAAGUUUACAGGAAGUCCGCCUUAAAGAUCGUUCAGGAGCUGGGAGAGGAUGUUCUGCCCGAGGAGGAAGCCUUGACUGACGAAGGCAAAGCUGCACUGGAAGAGAGCCACAGGAAGACUGAGGAGGAGGCUGCGGCAAACGAUGAGACAAAGUCAGAAGAAGCGCGUGCGGCCACCGAAGCCACCGAAGCCAAGACGGCUGAAAAGCCGAGGAAAGCACUGCGGGUUCCCGACUCGGUGGACGUUCAAAUCGGAAAGGACAACCUUGUGGACUACAUUGGCCCCCCCGUCUUUACAUCGGACCGCCUUUACGAUGUAAGCCCGGCCGGUGUCUCGAUGGGCCUGGCCUGGACACAAAUGGGCGGUGCGGCCAUGUAUAUUGAAUCCAUUCUGCAAGCACCUCUGCGAGCUAGCACGAGACCAUACCUUGAAAUCACGGGUAACUUGAAAUCUGUUAUGAAGGAGUCAACGACCAUUGCCUACUCCUUCGCCAAGGCCUUCAUGGUCAAGCAGUUCCCAGAGAACAACUUCUUCGACAAGGCCAAGAUGCAUCUUCACGUUCCGGAUGGCGCCGUGUCCAAAGACGGACCCUCUGCCGGAAUCACCAUGGCUACAUCCCUUCUCUCCCUGGCUCUAGAUACACCCGUUGACCCCACCGUCGCCAUGACCGGCGAGCUCACACUCACUGGCAAGGUCCUGCGCAUCGGCGGACUGCGUGAGAAGACUGUGGCAGCCCGUCGAGCCGGCUGCAAAACAAUCAUCUUCCCCAAGGACAACAUGUCGGACUGGCUGGAGUUGCCUCAGAAUAUCAAGGAAGGUAUUGAAGGACACGCCGUAGGAUGGUACAACGAAGUAUUCGAUCUUGUCUUUCAAGACCUCGACCGCGAACAAGCCAACAAGAGCAAGGUCCAAGACGUCAAGAAGGAAGCCGAGAAAGCCGAGAAAUCUGAGGAGGAGGAUUAG